AUGUACAACGGACGAACAGACCCCGUGGAGCACGUGAGCCAGUUUAACCAAAUGAUGGCCGUCUAUUCCAAAGAUGAGGCUUUGAUGUGCAAAGUGUUCCUGUCGAGCCUAGGACUGGUGGCAAUGAGGUGGUUUGAUGGCCUCAGGCCAAACUCCAUAGACUCCUUUAAGCAAUUGACCCAAGCCUUUGGCUUUCAUUUCAUCACGAGCAACAGGGUUCCUCGACCUUUGGAUUCCCUCCUGUCUUUGUCCAUGCGAGAAGGGGAGACCCUAAAGGCCAACUCGGAUAGGUAUUGGGAGAUGUACAAUGAGAUAAAAGGAAACUAUGAUGAUGUCGCCAUUAGUACCUUCAAAAGCAGCCUCCCAACUAAGCACGGUUUAAGAAAAUCCCUAACAGGGAAGCCUAUCACCAGCCAACGCCAACUCAUGGACCGAAUCGACAAAUAUAAAAGGGUUGAAGAGGACUAA